AUGGCAGUGAGCUUCUUGAGGUACGAGGUAUCUGACCUCUGUCUAGCCAAGCCGGCCCUGAGGUCCCUCUCUGCCUCCGCCACAGUUGCUGAUGCCUUAGAGGCCUUGAAGACAUGUGAGGAAAACUUCAUCAGUGUCUGGGACUGCAACCACUCCAAGACUACCAGAUCUCUAGACGCUGGCCAGCUGUGCCGCUGUGUUGGCAAGGUCUGCAUGGUUGAUGUCAUCUGCUAUCUCUGUAAAGAUGACAACUUGGUGUCUCCAUCUGCUGCUCUCAAGGCACCUGUCUCUGCAAUUUUGUCUAAGAUUCCUGGCCAAAUGAUGCAUGUGGAACCCUCUUGCAGCCUACUAGCAGCCAUUGAUCUGAUCGUCCAGGGAGUCCAGAACUUGGUAGUACCAAUAAGAACCAGGCUAAGCAGCAGUUCAAGAAGAAAACAACACCCAAAAUGCACCACCACCACCUUCCACAAUGGCCAAGAGUUCUGCUGGCUGACACAAGAAGAUGUAGUCCGAUUUCUCCUCAGCUCAAUUGGCCUCUUCUCUCCCAUCCCAGCUUUCUCCAUAGAGUCUCUUGGCAUUAUCAGCACUGACAUCUUAGCCAUCAACUACCACUCCUCAGCAAACUCAGCCCUGCAGCUCAUAUCCCAAUCACUUUCUCAGCAGACCUCUGUGGCUGUGGUAGACUCCGAGGGGGUCUUGAUUGGUGAGAUCUCACCCUUCACCCUUGCCUGCUGUGAUGAGUCAGUGGCUGCAGCCAUCACCACUCUCUCAGCUGGAGACCUCAUGUCCUACAUUGAUUGUGGUGGACCCCCUGAGCACUUGGUUAGGGUUGUGAUGGAGAGAUUGAAGGAGAGAAAGCUACAAGGGGUGUUGGAAAAUUACACAUUAACUUCAUCAAGUUCUUAUGCACAUUCUUUGAUGUCUUCUUCAUCAGAUGAAGAGUCUUCUGUGUCUCCAAAUACCACUUUGCAGCCAAGGUCUGGUAGAUACAGUAGGUCCAGUAGCUACUCAGCUAGAAUGGUGAGGAGGGCUGAGGCCAUAGUUUGCCAUCCCAAGAGCUCAUUGGUAGCUGUGAUGAUUCAAGCAAUUGCUCACAGAGUGAACUAUGUGUGGGUUAUUGAGGAUGAUUGUAGCUUGGUGGGAAUUGUCACUUUUUCUGGCAUGUUAAAAGUUUUCAGGGAGCACUUGGAGACCAUGGCCUAG